AUUUAAAUAAAUAAAGAACGAAAAUGGAUGAAAGUAAAGCAAUAGAUCAAAUGGAUAACAAGGAAUUAGAACUUCUUAAAAUCCAUCAGUUUCUUAUAGAUAACAACUUUGAAAAUACUGCUGAUGCAUUGAUGAUAGAAGCUGCAAUAAAGGGCCAUAAAAAUCUUGAUGAAAAUUUGGAAAUUCAAAAUGUGACCUAUGCAGCUAAUUAUGAAAACAUGAUGUUAAGUUACAAGACGGGAGAUUGGAGAACAUUUUUCAAAUUAUGGAAUUUGUUGGUACCUGAUGAUGCUAAACAGACAAGAGCUUAUAAAAUUCUGAUGUUGAAUCUACAUGUAUAUUUUACAAUGUUACCUAAACGUAUGUUACUUUCACAUUGUUGUAAAGAGAAAGAUAAAACUAAUCCAAGUGAUUCUAUGAUAUCCAUAAAUCAACAAGAUUUUGAGCAUGAUGAGCAUGUUAAAACUGAAAUAGAGAAAAACAUGAAUGAGAAUAUGGAGCAAUUAUGUGUAUUUUUAAAUACAGAAGGUAAAGAAUUAGAAAAUGAUAUUGAACUGCGGCCGUUUUUUGCAUUACCCUUUAUUGAAGAUCCAUAUGCAGAACCAUUUCUAUCUAAAAUAUUUGAACAGAGUUGGAUAGAUGAAUUGAGAGACAAUGUACAGCUAUUUCUUAAUGAAUACAAACCAAACUUUGGCGAUAAUGGUUUCAACAAAUUUUCUUCAAAUCAAGAAUUUCAAUCAGAAGAAUUGAUAAAAGAUAUAGUCGCUGAAAAAUCAACUAGAGACAAUAUACCGAUUGUACCAAAUGAUAGAAACAUUCCAAUAUUUUUAGAAGAUGGAGAAACUGGAGAACAAUAUAGCUUAUGCAGCGAUACAAAUUACAAUCAAAAGACAAAAAGUAUACAAACUGUAUCAAUAAAUUCAUCUGCAGAAGAAAUACCUUCAUCAUAUUCUGGCAGAGGCCAUAAAAAAUUAUUGCAGUGUACUCAAGAAUUAGCGCUAACACAAACCAAUUUAUGUACUGUUCGUUCUAAUUACGAAAAACUGAAGCUGAGAUUUCAUAAAUUGCAUGCUGAUUAUCAUAAAUUGAUGAGCAUUGCAAGAGUAUUAACAACUGCUUUAGAAAACUCAGUAAAAGGGCAAUCAAUUGAUUUCCAAGCUAUGUUAGAAACUUGUAUAAAAAUUUUUCCAGAUUUGUUUAAUCAAAAUAUACGAGAUAGUUCACAUUGUUCCUCAGAAGCACUGUCAGACAAAUCCCGUUCUGAUAUGAAUAUUGUUAAACAUUCUAUGUCAUACAGUAUAUCUGUUCCUCCAAAAUUACUGGAUUUCAAAAAGAUUAAAUUACACCUAAUUAAUGGAAGUAUUAAAGUCAAAUUGUUCCUUUUGCAAGCAUUGAGAAGGAAAAUAACUUUUGGUCAACCUGGGGAAAGGGAUGAGACACUACACGAGUAUAUAAGUAAAGAUUUACUUGGCCUUCACAGUCAAAUUGCUAGUUAUAAAGGCAAAUCGAUUUUGCCACACUUAUUAACUCCAGAAAACUUUAUUAUACCGCAUCCUUUGCAGCAGUCAGUCACGAGAUUAUUAAAUACUUUAGCAUCAUUCAGAUGUGGACGAGAUUAUUUGUCAUUUGAUUCUACUGUUGUUGAUAUGGUAUAUAAAUGCCUUAGUAAUAUCUGUGAUAAUAAUAUAGAUACAGUGACCUGUAACAUGAUGAUUGCAAUGCUGCAGAAAUUAUCAUUACGAAAACAGCAAAGACUGUAUAUGAUUGAAAAUGGAUUAGUAGAAUGGUUAAUUCAUCAUUUGCAUGACCAGUGUCGCAUUAUGGAUUCUUACCGACUAGAAUAUGCUACAGCUCUUUUGAUGAACUUAUCAUUACAUCAGGUAGCUCAAAAAAGGGCAUCUGCAAUGGCAUCUUUACUUAUUUCAACGUUAAUUACUUUGCUUUUAAUGGAUCAUGCAUCGGCAUUGCCAUAUGUUAAUGGGGCAUUAAACAACUUUUUGACAAAUUAUAAAAUUAAUGAAGAAGCAAAAAGAAUGAAAUUUUCAUCCAUGCUAGAACAGUACAGUAAAUAUAAAACUGGAGAGAUAAGGAAACAUUUGGAUCACAUUUUAAAAAUCCAUAAAGGUGAAAUUACUAUUAAAACAGAAGAUGAAGAAAUGGCAGAUAACGAUAAUGAGGAAUUUGAUGUAGUAGAAAGUCAAUUAGAAGAAAAUGAUCCUGUAAAAAGUAACUAUGGAGAAUUAUGUGGAGAAGCAUUACUUGCAUCGUGUUAUACGAUUUUACGGAAAGUAAUUCAGCGAAAAGAAAUGAAUACCGAAGUAUCAUCUAUCGCCCAAACAGAUUAUGUUAAAACAGAUACGAUUGACCACAGUUUACAAACGAGUCAAGUUAAAAAUUUAUGUUCGGAACAUGAAGCAGUAUUACAGGAGGAAAAUUUUCCAAGAAGAAAACAUAUGAAAGACAAACAUAACAUUAUGGUCAUACAAGAUUUCACUGAAAAAACAAUCUUAUAUCCAAAAUCACAGUCGCGUGUAACUAAGUUAAUUUCUUCCUCGUCUAAGGAGCGCAUUUCUAAACAAUUUACGAAUAAAAACCGGAAUCGUUCUAAAUCUGCAAUUGAAAAUUCCGAGGAAAUUGACUCAGAACUUGAAAUGAAAUUACAAAAACCUCAUAAACGAAAUAAAGAUUCAGAAGACUCGCAAUUAAGAAUAAUAAAAGAUCAUAAAAAUUCUGUAAAUGAAUUGUUUAAUGAAAGUGCUAUAUAUUUGCUCGAAAAUCAAUGUUCGAAGCAAAACAGUAAAGUGACUGUAACAUCUUCUGUGUUCCUAGCAGUUGGAAGUAAAGCUGAUUCUUCAGUCAUGGAGAAGCUGAGCAGUAUUGCGUCACUGAACAGUAGUAAUGGGAUUGAAACUGUAAAUCAUAAUGAUACAUGGAGACGAGAAACAGAACUUGACACGGAAGAAGCGUUCUUAUCUAGGCCAAAACUUCCACGGACCCCACCUUGAUUCAAGCUUUGAAGAAUGAUAAAGAAGACGAAUACCUUUUAUAAAUUUUUUAAUAAUUUUAUUUUAAAUAACG